AUGCCUGAACCAGCCAAGUCCGCUCCCGCGCCUAAAAAGGGGUCGAAGAAAGCGGUGACUAAGGCGCAGAAGAAAGAUGGGAAGAAGCGCAAGCGGAGCCGGAAGGAGAGCUAUUCCAUCUACGUGUACAAGGUGCUGAAGCAGGUCCACCCCGACACGGGCAUCUCGUCCAAGGCCAUGGGCAUCAUGAACUCGUUCGUCAAUGACAUCUUCGAGCGCAUCGCCGGUGAGGCUUCCCGCCUGGCGCACUAUAACAAGCGCUCCACCAUCACUUCCCGGGAGAUCCAGACGGCCGUGCGCCUGCUGCUGCCCGGGGAGCUGGCCAAGCACGCCGUGUCCGAGGGCACCAAGGCCGUCACCAAGUACACCAGCUCCAAGUAAAUCGACCGUGAGACCUCUCACAUC